UCCGUGACGUCACCAGCAAGGACCCACGAUAUCUGGCGGUGCACUUCCUCGUGAGAUCCACCGGACUAGUCUCUGGCCGGGAAUGGUGCGGGCGUUGAGUCGCUGGGUCCGAUCGGUUCACGUGGCCUUCACUCUGUUCGGACUGCCGUACCCUGUCAGCUCGGCUGGAUCUUGCCUGGUGAAGUCUGCCAUCAGUAGCAGCAGUAGUGUGUGUUCCAGUGGUCUUGGCCGCAGUAGCACCAUCAUGGCGUCCGUGCUCCACAUAAAGGCGCGUUCCCCGGUGUACCCGGGCUCAACCACCAACCGCCUGCCGGUGGCCGACGCUCUGGUCUCCUGGCAGCAGGCGUGGAACGACUACCAGCCGCCGACGUACACCGCGCCAACCGUACAGGCACAGCCGGUAUGGGCAGACCCCGACAUCGGCUCCUUCUCCCCGAGUUUCAACUCUCUGGAUGGCAAAGUGGACCGCCACAGCCACGAGGGAGAAUACACAGUACAGGACAACAGACCCCUGAACCCUCGUGGACGGACAGGUGUGAGUGGGCGGGGCCUACUGGGCAGGUGGGGACCCAACCAUGCAGCUGACCCUAUAGUGACCAGGUGGAAGACGGACGAGGCAGGCAAGCGUGUGUCCCACCCAGACUCCAGUCUCCCCGUACUGCAGUUCGUAGCCAUCAAGAGACGCGACUGUGGAGAGUGGGCCAUACCUGGGGGCAUGGUGGACCCUGGUGAGUGUGUGUCUGCUACCCUGAUGAGGGAGUUUUCGGAGGAGGCCCUGAACUCACUGGUCACGCCCAACAAGGCGGAGCUACACACACGCAUCACACAGCUCUUUGACUCACCUGGAUUGCAGGUGUAUAAGGGCUACGUGGAUGAUCCUAGGAACACUGAUAAUGCCUGGAUGGAAACCAUCGCUGUCAACUUCCAUGAUGAAGCAGGUGACAGUGUGAGUGAGCUCCCUCUAGAGGCUGGUGACGACGCUGGUCAGGUGACCUGGAUGGAUCUGGACUCCGCCCAGCCGCUAUACGCAAGCCAUGCCCACUUCCUGGAAACGGUUGCUAAGAAACGCCAGGCCCACUGGUGACCUCUUCCUAGGAGACGGUUGCUAAGCAAGCCAGGCCAUGCCCACUGGUGAUGUGAUCAGUGUCACCAGAGAAGGUGCAAUAUAUGAGAGGGGUCACUCCCAUCGACUUCAUCAAUAAGCGCCAAGUUAGCCAAGCUAUUUCGGGCAGCUCCAUUGGGCAUGGGGGCAUGGUCUAGUGCUCUUUUUCCCACAAUGCAGCUUAUCGUUCUUCCCAAUGUCACGCUACUUCUGAUGCACUGCUGUGUGUGUGUGUGUGUGUGUGUGUGUGUGUGUGUGUGUGUGUGUGUGUGUGUGUGUCUGUGUCUGUGUCUGUGUCUGUGUCUGUGUCUGUGUGUGUGUGUGUGUGUUUUCAAAUGUGAGCUUGUCCCCUGGCAGCCAAUGCAGCGUGUGUAUACUGUGUGUCUGUGGUCAGUAUACUGUAUGUGUAUGGUCUUCCUUAUGUACGUAUCUGUUACCCUCUCUGGCCAAUUACUCCCUCAUUCACACCUAUUUGUAUACGGACAAGAAAUCUAUGUUGUUCCGUCCUUCAUUCCUCCCUCUUCCCUCUCUCUCACACACACCUACACCCUCGUGUUUGUACAGAUCUGCUCCACCAUUAGCCUGGUAAACCAGCGCCACCCGCUGGGACGCCGACAUUUUUCAGCUGCGAGUGGGUCUGGCCUCGGAUCUGAGAACGUUUUGAACACUGUGCCCUGAGUCUGGCAAACCCAAUCACAACGCAGAGAUUUGUUUUGAAUCAAAGCGGGCGGGGUUUUGAGGGAGUGACGACGAAUCUCCCAACACCGUUGGGAAAGCACAUCAACGGCAAAGAUCGCCGAUUGGUCAGAGCGCCGGCACGGUUUGAAAAAACGACAGGUUGUUCUCAUCAACAAUCUUCGGAGGUAUCGUUCAUCGGGGCCCAGACUAAAUUACUCCGGUCUCACAUGUAGGCUGGUUUAUCAGGCUACUGCUCCAUCACAAAAAGCAGCUCUCCCUCUCUCUCUCAUACAUAUACUUUGUCUCUCAAAAAAAUAUCCACAUACAACUCUCCAUCACUAUUUAGUCCUAUAAUCCUCCCAAUGUGACAACCAAUCUAUGCCUGUUUCAGAUGAUUGAUUGAUGAUUGAAUAAUUUAAAGUACCGGUAUAUGUACAUUUUGUUAAUAUUCUGGGUAAUAAAUCGGGUUAUAAAUCACUAAAUGAAGAAUAUAACCUGCAUGGUUGAUCAGAAUAUAAUUUGAUUCAGUGAUGAAACAAAGUUGUUUACUUUUUUGAAAGGUGUGUGUGUGUGAGGCAGUGUGCCUUGUAUGUUGAAAUGAAAGUUUUUGCAAUUAAAACAAGCAUGCGAAAGCCCAUAUGCCAUUUCUUUCUCUGCUC